AUGUUCGGCUGGGACGAAGCCCGCGACUCACACCAACAAGUCUACGACGACAAUGUCCCCGAAGAGCACCAAGCCAAGUUCUCUCACGAGCUCAUCUCCGGCGCCGCCGCCUUCGAAGGCAUGAAGCUAUUCGAAGACCACCAAAGAAAGGAGGGCCAAGUCGUCAACCACUCCUUCGCCAAAGAGCUCCUAGCCGGCUUCGUCGGCGGCGAAGUCGACAAGCUGGCCGAAACCAAAGGCGAGGACGCCUGGGACCGCCACCGGACGAAAGAGCGUGCUCAGCGAGGUGCGGAGCAGAUGUAUGAUGAGCACUAUGGUGGGAUGGAUCAGUAUGAUCCUGGCCAGCGGGAUCGGCCUAACUUUGACUACAACCAGGGUGGUGGUGGUGGUGGGUAUGGUGGUGGUUAUGGCGGUGGACGAGGAGAAAGCAGACGUGAGGAGCGAAGGGAGGAGCGGGAGGAGAGGCGCGAGAGGCGGGAUGAGGGAUAUGGUGACCAAGGCGGAUAUGGCGGUGGUCAGGGCGGUUAUGGUGGUGACCAGGGUGGGUACGAUCAGGCAGGUAUUAGACCCUUGCCUUCCAACGGACUCACCGAGUUCUACCGAAGCAUUAUCAGAGCUCUUUGCUACAGUCGUUGA